UAGGGAGCGGCGCGGGGCGCAGCGACUGUUACCGCCACCGUGAUGCGCUUCCACCGCUUUGAAGGCCCCUGAGAUCUGAGCCUGGAAAGUCAUGGCCACGGGCGGCGCCACCCCUGAGACCCCCGUCAUCUCCCCCAGCAAGCGGGCUCGGCCUGCGGAGGAGGGCGGCAUAAGGCUCCGCUUUGCCCGGCUCUCGGAACACGCCACGGCCCCGACCCGGGGGUCGGCGCGGGCCGCGGGCUAUGACCUGUACAGUGCCUAUGAAUAUACAAUACCACCUAUGGAGAAAGCCCUUGUGAAAACGGACAUUCAGAUAGCGCUUCCUUCUGGGUGUUAUGGAAGAGUAGCUCCACGUUCUGGCUUGGCUGCCAAACACUUCAUAGAUGUAGGAGCUGGUGUCAUAGAUGAAGAUUACAGAGGAAAUGUUGGUGUUGUACUGUUUAAUUUCGGCAAAGAAAUGUUUGAAGUCAAAAAGGGUGAUCGAAUUGCACAGCUUAUUUGUGAACGGAUUUUUUAUCCAGAAAUAGAAGAAGUUCGA